CUGGUAACAGGCGCACUGGCCGCCACUGGCGGUACUGGUGGUGGUGCAAUUUUUCUCGCCAUUCUCUUGGGUGCCCUCAAGCUGAGAGUGAUGGUCUGCUGCUCCGCCAUCACAGGAACAUACAUGCAUCGCAGAAGAGAAAUACGCGAUGGUGUCUCAGCUGUCGAUGAGAUGUGGCUGAAUCUUCUCGUGCCGAUGGCGCUCAGUGGAACGCUUGUCGGGGUUGUUGUGAACUCCUUGUCACCCCCAUAUCUGCUGCUCCCACUGCUGUUGGCAGUUCUGCUCUUUCUCUGUUGUCGCUCGAUCCUGUCCGCUGCCCGCAUGUAUGAGCAGGAGGAGGAGACACGUGUAACUGAGCCAUUCGACGUCGUCUCCUUACAGACGCAGGCCAUGCUUCAAGGGGGCCCCCUAGCGGCUCCCAAUGGUCCUACCAGCACCGCGGGGAUUCCCCUGGUUGUUUACCUUGAUUCAGAGGACAAGUUGCUGCAAAUGACGCACAUUUCAUCCUUCGCCGCUGAUGAUGAGAACGAGGAGAUGGUCCGAGCGCAACGGCACUCUCAGACGGCCACCCAGUUCGAUCGCGCUCACGGCUGGUGGAGACGCGCCAGGUGUCUUUUUUCGGGAGAGGACAAGGCCUCCCGCGGGGAAGACUUUCUGCUGGAAAUGGACCCGGUAAAUCCUCAGCUACGCUCAUUGGGGGAGCCUUGUGACGACUAUCUGGUGCAGCCCCCACCACGUGAAGGUGGUCGGUCACCAAGGAGGCCCUUCUCCGCAAACCAGGAGCCAGAACAACGCCAGCAACAGCAGGAGCUACAGGAGUUGGGAGCUCUGCUGCGUGGCUCCGCUGCAGCAGGGGCGGCCUGCCGAGGCCUUAGAGACGCCUGCAGACACAUGCUGCACUCCUCCCCCGUAAGGGAUCCGCAGCACCACCUUCUAUGUCUCUUGCUAGUCUUUGUGGUUUGCUGCAGUCUGGCCUGCCACGCUCUGAUAGAUCGGGGUCGUUGGGGGGUUGCUGCCGGUGUCGCUGCCGUUGCGGCAGCCGCGGGGGCCUCUGUGCAAGCGUUUAUCUCUCUUGCUAUCGUAAGACACUUCAAGGCAGCGCAUCCAGGGGCAUCUCUUGGCUCUGCAGCUACCGCCACUGCGUCUCGAUGGGUCGCCCUGCUACAUGGCUGGGCAGUUCGCUGCUGCAGCUUCUUCUACAAAAUCGGCGUUUUUGUCGCACUGGUGAUUGCGGGAGUCCUUCGUACCGCGCGCUCGCUUCAGCAACCCCAGGGACGGCGCCCACCCUGGGGGCUGCAACGAGGAGCACUUCUGGAGACUGAGACUUCAGGAGGCUCAGUAGAGUUGGAAUCCAUAUCUGCGGGGGCCUCUCGGGGGGGCCCCCACUCGCCCAUGUGCUUAGAAGAUGUCCCCGCAGCUCCCUCUGACUGCCUUGGGUCAGAAACGGCAGGAGGAGGCAGCUCUGCAGCAGAGGCGGAGCAAAUGCUGUGUGCGCUGUUGGCUGCACCUCUCGUGGGCUUUGUAACUGGGGUGCUUGCGGGCCUCGUGGUUGCAACGCUGAUGACCGUCAAGCGGUACCUUCACGAAGGUCCGAUGUAG